ACGAAGAUACGGCACCCGUCCAUCCGACGGUUUACCAUGCUGGUCCCUGUUUGUCGAAUCGGCGGGGGGCUCGCGCCAUGGGUAUCAAUGGCUUCUGUGUGAUAGUGGGCUAGACCUGCUUUCUGUCACACUCGGCUCUACUCUCCCAGCGCUUGUCUCUCGACCCUUCUUUCCCACUCACUAUUCACUUCUCCUCUUUUUAUGCUCGUGUCCCUCUUCUUGCAUUCAUAUAUGGCAGUCUUGUUCCAUCGACUGGAUUAACUCGCCAAACGGAGAUUCUGGUUCUUCCUCAUCGGAUCUCGAGUUGAUCUUGAGAUCUAAAUAGCCACAACUCAUCAACCGCCAAGCUAGCCUUGCCUCGAGUACAUAGAUAAUGCAUACCGAGCGAUCAACUCCAUCGAUAUGGACAGCCUUGGCUGUUCUAUCGUUAUUCCUACUUCAGGCUAUUAAUGCACACACCAUCAUCGUCUAUCCCGGUUAUCGCGGGAACAAUCUGCAAACAAAUGGCACUGUCGCCGAGGCAAAUGGACUGGGACAAGCGGUGGUCAACGAUACCUCCAUCUUCCCAUACGGCAUGAUGUGGAUGUAUCCUUGCGGAGGAAUGCCGACAUCAACCAACCGCACCAAGUGGCCUGUUCAGGGCGGCGCAAUCUCCGUCCAGCCCGGUUGGUUCCAAGGCCAUGCGACGGCGUUUUUCUACUUCAAUCUCGGCCUCGGUGCUACACCGCCGAAUAUGAGCCAUCCGAUGCUCCCUCCUUUUCAAAUCAUCGGACCAAGCGCGAAUCCAUAUCCCGGCACAUUCUGUCUUCCUCAAGUGCCGCUGCCGGCAAAUAUCACAGUCAAUGUAGGCGACUUGGCGACGAUUCAGGUGGUUGAAACCGCGAAGCAUGGUGCUGCUUUGUACAAUUGCGUUGACAUCGAGUUCGCUGAACCAAAGGACUGUGUCCAGGUCACUCCUGACAACUGCUUUAAUUCAUCCGACAUCCAAUUCGCGAACGUCUAUACUGCAAACUUGACUUCGGCCGCGUCGAUCACUUCAACCACCCUCCUCUCUUUCACUCCCCUCGUCGCCAUGAGCUUGUGGGAGCUGUUGAUGUAGAUGAUAGCACUCAGCAUGCGGAAACAAAACUUGGCCAAUUUCACUAUCCCUCAUAAUCCUGUUCGAUGCACGAUACAUACAUAUAUACCCUUUACAGUCUCUGCUGCUUGACGAAGUACAUAGCAUUCCUUUAUUCAAAGCGAUCACAGGCGUUCGGUUCGAUUAUUUGGCUUUAAUGUUGAACGGGUGAAAGU